AUGGCUCACUUUGGAACCUCCUCGGGUGUCGACAAGAGUACUGUUAUUGCGGCGUGGAAACCCCGCAUUCCCCUGGCUGCCAUGUCUCUCGGGUCGCUGCACCCGGACGGCGAGGCCCAACGACUCUUCAAGAGCUUAAAAGGGGAGCGUGUCUCUUAUUGUGAGCAUUAUUUCGUCCAUAAAUUUUGCCAUUAUUUUGACAAUAAGCAUUCUCGUCAUAACAUCGUUGUUACAAUGGCGCAACUCUCCGACUACCGUGUGCUUUCCUUUGACGUCUACGGCACUCUAGUCGACUGGGAAGGAGGCAUUCUCGCUGCAUUCCAGCCCACUUUGAACAAAAACAAUGCUCAAUUCUCGCGCGAACACCUCCUCACCGUCUAUCACGAGCUGGAGCGCGAGCAGCAGGCCAAAACACCCGACAUGCCCUACCACGAGUUGUUGGCCUCGGUGCACCCGCAGUUCACCGACCGUCUGGGUCUGGCGGCCCCAUCUCAGGAGGAAAGCAAGCAAUUUGGGGAGUCAGUUGGCAGUUGGCCUGCCUUCCCGGACACUGUCGAUGCUCUCAAGCGCCUCUCGAAGCACUACAAGCUAGUCGUGCUAUCAAAUGUCGACCGUGAAUCGUUCGCAAAGACCAACGCAGGCAGCCUAGAAGGAUUCCCGUUCGAUCUAAUUAUCACUGCCCAGGACGUGGGCUCGUAUAAGCCUGCCCUCCGCAACUUCGAAUACAUGCUCCAAGCGGUGAAAUCGACGUUCGACAUUGAAGCCUCGCAGGUCCUCCAAACUGCCCAGAGUCAGUUCCACGACCAUCAUCCUGCCAGUAAGAUAGGCAUCAAGUCUGCCUGGAUUGAGCGACCUGGUGCUACAAUGGGCAACUUGCCGGAGAAUAUCUAUGAUUGGCGGUUUGACACGUUGGGCGAUAUGGCCGAUGCAUUGAAAGCCGAACGCUAG